AUGAUAAGCGUCCUCCCUGCCUUGUCGAAGAUUCUGGAAAAAAUCUUACUCGACCAAAUCUCGGAGCACCUAGACAACCCUAACAGGCCACUGCUGGCCAAGCAUCAGUCGGGGUAUAGGAAGGGAUUUAGUACCACAACGGCACUCGUCAAAAUAACGCACGACAUCUACACAAAUCUCGAUCAGAAUCGUUGCACCGUGAUGGUUCUGGUCGACUUUUCCCUUGCGUUCAACUGCGUCAACCACCGAAGACUACAGAACAAGCUGAUCAGCGAGUUCCAGUUUUCGGAUGAAGCUGGUGAGCUUGUGGCUGCUUUUCUUAGCCAACGUAGUCAAGCUGUCUAG